CACCAUGGUAACCAAUUCUAAUGACAUUAAAGACAGAAUUUCUGGAUUUACCACCAGCAAUACAAAGUUUUCAACUUGGAUCAGAAAAAAAUCUGAUACCAGAACCUUGGAAAAUCAACAUUAG